CGUCCCUCUAGAAUCAUCCAAAAUGGAGCCGCUUACAGCAUACCCUUUAAGAUGUUCAGGGUCGAAAGCAAAGGUAUUUGCAGUUUUACUGUCUAUGGUUCUAUGCACAGUAAUGUUAUUUCUUCUACAACUAAAAUUCCUAAAACCUAAAAUCAACAGCUUUUAUACCUUCGAAGUGAAAGAUGCAAAAGGAAGAACGGUUUCUCUGGAAAAGUUUAAAGGCAAAGUUGCCCUAGUUGUAAACGUGGCUAGUGACUGCCAACUCACAGACAGAAAUUACUUAGCACUGCAGGAACUACACAAAGAGUUCGGACCAUUCCACUUCAGCGUCUUGGCCUUCCCGUGCAAUCAGUUUGGAGAAUCGGAGCCCCGCCCAAGCAAGGAAGUAGUAUCUUUUGCAAGAAGUAACUACGGAGUGACAUUCCCCAUCUUCCACAAGAUUAAGAUUCUAGGAUCUGAAGCAGACCCUGCAUUUAGAUUUCUUGUUGAUUCUUCAAAGAAGGAACCAAGGUGGAAUUUUUGGAAGUAUCUGAUCAACCCUGAGGGCCAAGUUGUGAAGUCCUGGAGGCCAGAGGAACCCAUUGAAGUCAUCAGGCCUGAGAUAGCAGCUCUGAUUAGGCAAAUGAUCUUAAGAAAGAAAGAGGACCUGUGAACAUGGCAGUGAGUCAUUCAGACACAGUAAUCGGAAUAUGGACAUGUCAGGGCAGGGGUGGGUGGGUUUCAUCUGAAGACUCUUGACAAUAAAAUGUGGCCCUGAAGGAUGGGGUGUUUUAUUUUUAGGAUACCUUGCUGGUGAGUGGUAAUGAUUGUCCCCGGGUCAGAGAUAUUACCUAAAGCAAAAAUAAAGAGUAGCUAAAAAAUCAAAAUGCAAUAUAUUAAAUAUUUCAUCUGACCACACUAAAAAAUUCAGAAUACAGAGUCACCAAUGUGCAUCAAUAUCCUGUUGUUCACCUUGACAUUUUCCAGGAUUGUAUUUGAUGGAAAUGCCAACACACAGUUGAAUUCCACACUGUUUGAAUUCAAGGCACUGUAUGUGACUGAAAUUUCGGGAGUAACUAAAUGUAAAUGGCUAUUUUUAUGUAAUGAAAUACAAAAUAAACAUUGAAAAAUGUGAAAUAGA